AUGUCUGUCUGGAGUUCCACUAUCUCCCUCUUUCAGAUGGUUUCCCGUCGGAAAACAAUAACUUCCAAUGGCUACAGAGAAUCACGCCUGUGCCGCUGCCUUACUGUCGUGGAUUUAGUAGCCUUUGGUGUGGGCAGCACUCUAGGCGCAGGGGUGUAUGUCUUAGCAGGGGAAGUAGCCAAGACCUUCUCAGGACCUAGUAUUACCAUUUCCUUUUUGAUUGCUGCUGUGGUAUCCGUUUUGGCAGGAUUUUGUUACGCUGAAUUUGGAGCCCGGGUGCCUCUGACAGGAUCGGCAUAUCUGUACAGUUACAUCACAGUUGGAGAGCUAUGCGCAUUCGUCACUGGGUGGAACCUGCUACUGUCCUAUGUAAUUGGAACCUCCAGUGUAGCCAGAGCAUGGACUGCUACUUUUGAUGAAAUCCUGGGCAAAAAAUUGGGGAACUUCUUCAAAAUACAUCUAGCCAUGGGCAUCCCAGGCCUGGCUGAAUACCCAGAUAUCUUUGCUGUUUGCCUCAUUUUCCUGCUGACAGGCCUCCUCUCCAUUGGUAUAAAAGAAUCCACCACAGUGAAUAAAGUCAUUACAGCUAUUAAUGUGCUGAUCCUUGUUUUCAUAAUAAUUAGUGGAUUAUGCAAAGGAGACCUGAAAAAUUGGAGGUUAACUGAAGAUGAUCUGCGAAGGCUGAUUGACAGCAGCUUUAGUAACCAAUCUGUACCUGGCAAUAAAACCUGGAAGUAUGGAACUGGAGGGUUCAUGCCAUAUGGCUUUACUGGAACUCUGGCUGGAGCUGCUACAUGCUUUUAUGCUUUUGUUGGAUUUGAUUGCAUUGCAGCUAUAGGUGAAGAAGUGAAGAAUCCUCAUAAAUCUAUCCCCCUGGCAAUCGUUUUCUCGCUUCUCAUCUGUUUCCUAGUGUAUUUUGGUGUUUCAGCUGCCUUGACCCUAAUGAUGCCCUAUCACCUUCUGGAUCCACUAAGUCCAUUACCAGUGGCUUUUGAAUACAUUGGAUGGAGGUCAGCCAAGUAUGCAGUUGCUGUGGGGUCACUCUGUGCGCUCACAACCAGCUUAUUGGGUUCUAUGUUCCCAAUGCCACGGAUUUUAUUUGCAAUGGCCAGGGAUGGACUUCUCUUUCAUGUUUUGGCCAGAGUGAAUAGCGAACAAAAUCCAGUUAUUGCAACUUUGGUAUCUGGAGCAGUUUCAGCACUGCUGGCUGUCCUUUUUGAUCUGAAGGUCUUGGUUAACGUGAUGUCUAUUGGAACGCUGCUGGCCUACACGUUAGUUGCUGUCUGCAUUCUACUUCUCAGGUACCAACCAGAUCCUAGUUCUCCAGACCCAGUAGAGAAGACAGCUGUAAACAGAAUGGUCUGGGUAGACCUCCUAGUCCACCCUGAUAUAAUCCCAUCCCAUCACUCUUCCAGACUGGUGACAUACACAGUGUUUAUUCUUGCUCUUUUCAUCUGUGUUGUGUGCAUGCUGACCUCAACGAAACUGCCAUGUUUGACAUCUGGAACUCUCUGGUGUAUUUUCUGCCUUUUUUUCAUCUUGCUGGGGAUUCUAAUGGCAUCCCUGGUCAUCUGGAGGCAGCCUCAAAGUCAGAAGAAAGUAGAUUUCAUGGUACCAUGCCUGCCAUUCCUACCCAUCUUCAGUGUCUUAGUCAAUAGUUUUCUGAUGGCCCAAAUGAGCUAUGAGACCUGGGUUCUAUACUCAAUAUGGAUGCUUAUUGGUUUUCUCAUUUACUUUGGCUACGGAAUUCGUCACAGUACAGAGAGCAAGAGGAACAAAGAUUCGCCCCUAGAGAAAGCAACUCACUUAAUAAACAGCACAGAUUCAAAUGUCACUUCUAAAUAA